CAACGUGUGGUAACCAUGCACUGACUUACCCUUUGGCCUUGCCUUGCACUUCGCAGUGCAUGCAAAUGAAUUGAAAGAAAGAGAGACUCGGUCACUGCCUCUGUCUCCAAUCAUCCGCAUUCAUUGUGCCAUGUUACUCUCCGAUCCCUCUUAUACUCUUUGCCUCCAACUCUUCCUCAUCAACUCAACAACAUGGUAGGGUCAUCAUCACUCGCCAACAAUGCUAUUGCUAUUGAUGCUAUUUCAUACUCAAACGGGAACACUACUUUCUCUACAAACAUUGGAGAUAUGAAGUUGUUGCAAGUGGUUAGUGCGUAGAAUGAUGAAUAGGAUGAGUGGGGGAAUUGAAGAGGACAAGGAGAUUAGCCCAAUGUUUCCAAGGUUGCAUGUUAAGGAUGCAGAGAGAGGAGGGCCAAAAGCACCCCCAAGGAAUAAGAUGGCACUCUAUGAACAAUUCAGCAUCCCUUCUCAAAAUUUUGCACCAGGAUCAGCAUCCUUGUUUCCACUUCCGCUCAGAAACUACACAGGCCCUACAUCAUCUAGCCACAUCAGUAGCAAUCAAAGCAUCCAAUUUUGCACCUCUAGCAUGCCUUCUAUUCUGGCUGAGAAGAGUCAAACCUAUAAUUCCAGAAAGACUAACUUAACCAAAUUCAUGCAAGAUGAUUUCAUUAAUAGUAAGAAUUCUCUGAGAACACUUGAUGGCGAAGAUACUUUUAUAACUUGUGGUUCUGCACAUAGAAAAAACUCAUCCUGUAGCAUCAUCCAAAAUUUUAAAGAUGAAGACAAACUUUCUCAUAGUAAUUUGAGCGGUUCGCUUAAAAGUCCAAAUUCAUUUCGAAAGGUGAAUUCACCUGGUGCUGUAGACCUGAAGUCAGCACAAUAUGGGAAGAACCGGAUGGAGGAUCAUACUGAAGUGAGUCAAAAUGGUCAGAAGCCAGAGGAAGUGCUUCCUCACUCAUUAGAUGGUUUUGGUGACAUGACAGAUGCAUCAUUAAUCUCAUUGGUGAAAGGUAAGAAUUCUAAAUCAAUGAAUAAAGAGCAUAGAUCUUUGAAGGAAGAAAAGAGAAGUAUUUUAAUAGAUAGCUUGAAAACAUCGCAAGGUAGCAGUGUCCGUACACAUGAAGAGCUUGCAGUUUUUGAGGACCAAGUAAACUCAAGGGACCAUCACAUUGAGAAGCCAACAGCUAAUGAUGUACACAAAUGUGCUGGUGAGUUAGAAAUUGGUAGAAGGUGCUUCCUGGACAAGGUAGACAUGAAUGAAGAUGAGGAGACAUAUAGGCAUUCUGAUGCUGUAAGUAAAGCUAACUCAGAAUGUACAUUGGCUAUGGAUAUUUCCCCUGACAAUGUUGUAGGAGCUAUAGGUGAACAACAAUUUUGGAAAGUCAGAAGAACUAUCAUUAAUCAACAGAAAAUCUUUGUCAAGCAAGUGUUUGAGUUGCAUAGACUGAUAAAGGUGCAAAGAUUAAUAGCAGGCUCACCCCAUGUAUUGCUUGAAGAUAACCUUUUACUUAACAAGCCACCACUAAAAACAUCCACAAGCAAGAAGUUUCAAUCUGACUUUGCCAGCCAAAAACCAUCAUCAGUUGUUAAACUUGACAAUAAAUCUGUGAAGGUCAAUACUGCUGAGAAGGCUACAAACAGCGCAGUUGGGAAGAUUCCCAUUCCUUGUAUCAGCAACACAACCAAAGGUCAUGCUAAUCAGCUGCCAAACUAUGGCCAUCAUUUAGGAAACCCUGCAUUAGCCUCUGCAGAUUCAAAUUCCAAACAGUCGCCAAGCUAUGUCUACCCCCCACCUGGGAACCAGUGGCUAGUUCCUGUCAUGUCCCCAUCUGAAGGCCUAGUAUACAAACCAAUCAUAUGGCCAUGCCCUCCAAAUGCAGGCUUCAUGGCACCCAUAUAUGGUUCUUGUGGCACAGUGAGCUUCAAUCCUCUAAGCAAGGAUGCUUCUUCAGAUGCAGCUCUUGCUCCAAGUUCUCACCAAAAGCUUGGAAUCCUUUCUGGUUCAUCUUUACCCCAUUUCUUACCACCAUCAUUCAUGAAUCAUCCAUCUUCUAUAUCAGCUUCAGCUGUUGAGCAAAUGGGGCAAUCUAAUGGUCCUGAAAAUCACCACUCAUGGGGUGAAGUCAAUUCUGCCAUACUGUUCCAAAGCUCAUCUAACAUGUCAAGCCCCACAAGUCAAGUGAUGCCAAGAAACAUUUCAACUUAUCAUCACUCACUGAAAGAUAAAGAACUGCAGAGAAGCACAGCUAGCAGUCCCUCCAAGAGGGUGAGUGGAGAAGCGCUUCCUUUGUUUCCUUUGGCACCAACAUUUUGGCAAUCAGAAGAUACAAACACACAGGUUGAACAACAACCACGAGUAAUCAAAGCUAUGCCUCACAAUCCAAAAACAGCAAGUGAAACAGCUGCCAAGAUAUUCAGGUCAAUACAAGAAGAAAGGAAACAUUUGUAAACUAGUGAUGACAUUGUCUGUCUCAUGACAUGACAUGUCUGUUAAUUUCAGAUAUUUCUAGUUUGACAAUCAAACAUUGUAUCUAUAACCAUUUUUCCCUGAUAAAUAUACCUGCAAUGUAUUUAUUGACAAUAAUACUAGAGGACUUCUAAGGAAGAAGCACAUGCAUCGUUAGGCAGAAGCUGAAGCAACACUGUAAAUUCAUGAGACUAAAGAAAAAUAUUUGUACCAACCACUUGAAGAAAUGCAGAAACCUCAGCAGCUCGCUCAGCCUUGUACAAAUAAGUUGCUAGGUUUCAUGCAGACUAGUGGUAGCAUCACACACUCAAGCUAGGGAACUACAAAAUGUAGAAUUGUGGACCCUUUUGAUUAUUUACACACCUGAAUUGUUUUUUGUAUUUUGAUCAAUACAAAUAAAAAGUCACAAUCUAUCA